CCGCCCGCGCCCCCUCUCGCCCUCGCGCCGCCGCCGCCGCCGCUGCAGCAGCAGCAAGACCCCGCCGUCGCCGGAGACAAACCCCCAGCCGCCGCCAUGGGGCGUAUGCACAGCCGCGGGAAGGGUAUCUCGUCGUCGGCGCUGCCGUACAAGAGGACUCCCCCGACCUGGCUCAAGACCGCCGCCUCCGAUGUGGAGGAGAUGAUCACCAAGGCCGCGAAGAAGGGUCAGAUGCCGUCGCAGAUCGGCGUCCUCCUCCGUGACCAGCACGGUAUCCCGCUCGUCAAGAGCGUCACUGGUAGCAAGAUCCUCCGCAUCCUCAAGGCCCAUGGGCUCGCGCCAGAGAUCCCGGAGGACCUUUACUUCCUGAUCAAGAAGGCGGUGGCGAUUAGGAAGCAUCUGGAGAGGAACAGGAAGGACAAGGACUCCAAAUUCAGGCUCAUUCUUGUUGAGAGCAGGAUCCACCGCCUUGCCCGCUACUACAAGCGCACCAAGAAGCUCCCGCCCACCUGGAAGUAUGAGUCGACCACUGCCAGCACUCUGGUGGCCUAAGUGAUCUCUUCAGAUGGUGUGGUCUUUAGCUUCUUUGAGAUUGGCUUGUUCUAGAUAUGAAUUUAUGUAAUGCUUAAUGAGUCUGGAGCGGGUUAGAUGGACAAGGAACCUCAACUUUUUCUAUGUUUACUUGGAGAAUCCCAUAAACCAUUUUUGGUUUCUCGAAUCUGUCUGUUAAACGUAACAUGCAUCCAUGUUUUGUCCCAGAUAGCCCCUUUUUUCUG